AUGUCCGAACCCCAGUCUAACCCUCAUCACCAUCAUCAUCAUCAUCGUCAUCAGAACCAUUUAAGGGACUUUCAACAGCAAACAUUUCAGCAUCAUCAGUUCAUUGCUUCGAGUUUGAUACUGAUUGAAUUCAUCUUCAUCAUCCAUAUUGAACCGGGCGAAUUUCAGUUCGGUGUCUUUGAUGCGGUCUAUCAAAGCAAAGAGGGCUUCAAAUGCUUCCUUCUGUGGCAUAGCCUUAAAGCAAGAGGCGAACUGUUUGGCACUCAUCGUUUAAGCAACUCGGUUUCCCGCAAGGCGAGCUCAGGCGCGGCGACACCGAGGCCCCUCCGGCCCUGUAAGAUGCCUGUUAUUUCUAGCGACGCCCGGGGUAAUUCUAGGUCGGUCGGCAUGCCCUACUGUCGCCGGGCCGAAACUAUCGCCAGCGCAUCAGCGCGACGUGGUCCGUCCUGGCGUGAUCGUGCGCCGGCGUUCAAGGGGUGGGAGCGCUGGCGCCGCCACCAGGACGCCCUCGACGACCAGAGCAGCGACAGCGACGACGACGACGAGUUCUUCGUUCCCGCGGCCGGCGCCGCGGCCAACGGCGCGGCGCCGUCCUCCUCGUCGUCGUCCUCCUCCGAUGAGCGUGACGAGGAUCAUCAGAAGGAGGUAAAAGCGGCCUACAACGCCGCGGUGCAGCGACACGAACAGGAGCAGGAAGAGUGGAGGAAGCAAAUCGGACAGUUCCUAUUGUAUCACGCUGAGGCAAGAGAUGAGCAGGGUUCACGUUCUCUGACAAUUCAAGGAUGUGGAGGCAAGUUGAAGGUAGCUUACAUUCUCAUUUCAUGCUCGAGCUGCCGCAAUCUGGAUGAGCUACGACAGUACUGUCUCAAGGAGCCAUUCUUGCUAACAAACUUGAACGUCAUUGCAAGCUGCGUUCUCUUUUUUUGGCUUGUGUGUCAAAGUCUAUCACAUGCUUCAAAGCACAAGCUGAAACAACCAGGACGUGACAAAAGUUUGCAGAGCGCUGUGAAUACACACUUCGCUUUAACAAUAUUUAUCUUUACUGUGUACUACUCAUUUGUCUACAAGCAGAAUCACAGCAAAGCCCUCGAAAGGCAUCUGAAAAUACUCAACGAUAACAAGUUGUGGCUGUUUGAGUUACAAAGUGCCCUAAGUCACGGCUGCAUCAUAGUUCCGGCGAUAUCGGAGUUUUUUACCUCGACACACCAUUUUGUGCUUCAAACUCUCGCUUACGACAUCCCGCUGUUGAUACUCUGUUACAGCGGAUGGAACGCUUUGGGUAGCUAUAUUUUGCACGUGCCUAUCUAUCAAAUUUCUUUCUUCAACAGAGAUUUUGACUGGAGAUUAUCUGAUGCUUGUGUUAUCUUUUUUGCUGCCUACAUCUACUUGAGCGUGUUUCUCUCAGCCAGUAAGGCGACGCCGAUGGCGCAUCAUGCGUUAAAGGAUCGCCUCCUGGAAUUGGUUGAACUUGGGCAGACGAAUGCUGACUGUAAGGACUUUGUCUAA